AUGGGUCUCUUCAAGCGCAAGGACUCGAGGAACUCGGUUCAGAGUGAGAGGGAUGAACAGGAAUCAUUUGUGUCCGUCAACAGCGCUCGUACCUCGAAUACGUCCCUCAAGUCCCCCGGUUACAAAGGCAGCGGCCUCCCGGCCUCCAUCCCCGAGAUGCCCAUCGCGAACCCGCCAGACCCAGCAUUGGACCCCGCCGCCUAUCUCCGAAGCAUCCACGCGGUUCGUGACCGCGCCAACAUCGUCUUAAACCGAGCCAAGCGAAAUCAACUCAACCAUUUCGACGUGGAUUUAUCCAAACUCAAGGCUACUGCUUCUUAUGUCGUAUCCAUCAUAAAGAGAGAUUAUGGGCGAGACUAUGAAAAUAUUCCCCCGCAUGGGCGCUGGCAACAUUUUGAUGUGGGCGGUCGCCCUCGGAUCAAUCAGCUUCUGCAGAUGUGGCCCAGCAGCAUUGACGCCCAAGAGCGCACCCGUCGCCUGAUUGAUUUAUUCGUCGUUUCGGUCCUGCUGGAUGCUGGCGCCGGAACAAAAUGGUCCUACAAAUCUAAGGAGUCCGGGAAGAUUUACUCGCGGAGUGAAGGUCUUGCCGUCGCAAGCUUGGAGAUGUUCAAAUCCGGUUUAUUCAGCAGCGACCCGACAGAACCGUGUCAGGUGGAUGGCGCCGCGCUGAAGAAUAUUACAGUCGAGAAGCUGGCCAAGGGGAUGCAGCAUUCAGACCAAAAUGCACUAGCUGGUAUUGAAGGUCGCGCGGGCUUGUUGGUGCGACUUUCCGAAGCUUUGAAUAACCAGGAUUUCUUUGGCGUAGAUGCUCGUCCGGGUAAUAUGUUAGAUUUCCUUCUGGGACACCCUUCUACUCUGGCUUCUUCCGUACCCAUAGUCCCUAUCACCACCCUAUGGACCGUGCUCAUGGAUGGAUUCUCUUCCAUCUGGCCCCCCUCUCGAACUCAGAUCGAUGGCGUCUCUAUCGGAGAUGCCUGGGAUUGCUCGGAUCUUCCCAGCUCCCCGCCCGCGCAACCGUGGGAGAGCAUUAUUCCCUUCCACAAGCUGACCCAGUGGCUCUGCUACUCCAUCAUGGUCCCUAUGUCGAAGCUGAUGCACAUCCAUUUCGCCGGUAGCGACCUAUUGACCGGCCUGCCAGAGUACCGAAAUGGUGGUCUGUUGAUCGACAUGGGACUUUUGAGCCUCAAGGCCGAUGAUAUGGAGCGCGGAGUCCAGGCUUUCAAGGACAAUGCCCAAAUCAAGGGACAACCGAAUAUGGAGGUGGUGCCACUCUUCUCUACAGAGGACGAUGUGAUCGUGGAGUGGCGAGCAGUAACAGUGGGCUUCCUGGAUGAGCUGCUGGACGAGGUGAACACACAAUUGGGACUAGCUGGCUCAGAAGACCAAUUAUCGCUGGCCCAGAUGCUUGAGGCUGGUUCUUGGAAGGGUGGUCGUGAAAUCGCCGAAGUCUCCAGACCCAACACCAAGGAACCUCCGAUUAUGAUCCGUUCCGAUGGCACGGUCUUCUAA